AUGAGAAGUCGUAUACGUACGACAAUGACUGGAGAAGGACUCUAUCGACAGCCCUUUCGCGUGCAGGAAAAGGGUCGUGUACAAGGCGAGAAAAGAGUCGACGCACUCAUGAGAUCCACUCAGAGGAAAAUAGCGGAUGCCCUGCAGCCCCGCCUGAGAAUUUUACCCUGGCUGGCAUUAAAUGAGGUGUUCAUGGCCGAAUUUUUACCGCCGAUCCUGGUGGCGAUUCAGGUCGACGACGAGGAGAGGUUCACGAUCCGUUCCUGCGUCUGCACAGGCUCAGGCCCUCGGUCCUGGUUCAGGACGAUGAAUUUGCAGACUGCCGAAACCGUUCAAACGCUCGCGGCCAUGGCAACUGGUAGGCAACUCGACGAGAAAGAAACCUGCAAAGUGCUGUACAAGUAUCACAGUAACCUCCUGUUCCCGCCAGAAAACAUUAAGUUACGAUUACUCAAAUGUCGAAUGUUUGCGUUACAGAAACUUUAAACAUACAUGAUAUAUGAGAUGUCUUGAAAUUCGCUCUGGCCGACGCUUAUUUCGAACAAGCGAAUGUGCUGCGGAAUUAAAGUCAAGUCGAUGGGCUUUGACGCCGGCCUCGUUCUAGAUGGCAGCGUGUCUUUACCCUUCAACGACGGUGGCACCGCGUCCUUCGAGAUCCGACCUGAAUACUCGUUGCAAAAUAUUAUCCUGCGCUAAAUAUCACUGUAACUCCACCCCCGUUGCGCAAUAAAACUACUUCUCGCUCGUUAGUAAUUUCUGUCCCUGUCACGACAGAACAAUCAUACAAAGGGUCUCAGCUUUCAGUCGGAAAGAAGCAAAGGGGUAACUUCUUUCAGCACACCUUGCUGAAUCUCGCACGACGCAGUACCGACGGACUAAGAGAUCCUCU